AACAUAGUUACCCUCUUUGUUUAUGUUUCUAUUUAAUUCAGAGUCAUCAUUAGCAGCACAAUCUAUAAAAUAGAACUAAUAAGAAAAUUAAAUUUAGUUUUUAAAUUUGUAAACAAAAUUUAAAAAGACCUGGGUGGUAACAACCCAAUCGGUAAUUUGGAACCGAUUAAUUGAUUCAGUCCCAUCACAGUCCGCCUCUGAUUUAAUUCAUAUACUUUCUUAUUUUGCUGUAUGUACAUAUAAGUGUUGAGAGUGUUGAGUUUUGGCUGGGAAACAGCAAAAAACACAAAUCCGUGAAUGAAUUUGUUCAAAAACUGUUCUGCAACAAACGUCAGCGUUUUUAUCGCUUUCAUAAGAAAUGAUAAGAGAAAUAUUUAGACAUGAUUGUGACAAACAAGACUGAAUUUUCUAAGGGUUUCUGGCUAGAAAUUAUAUUUCGUGUGUUCUUGGCUGUAUUAUUUUUGAAGUUGGAAAAUUCGGAGCCCUUUGAAAGGAAAAUUCAGCCAGAAGAACUUUGGUUGUACAGAAAUCCAAGGAAGGAUGAUUACGUACCAAUAAAUAUAUUAUGGCCGCUCGUGUUUGUUCCUCCAGUUAUAAUAAUUGUUAUCACAUUUCUGAUAAAUGCAGACAAAUUCGAUCUUCGACAGGGAAUACUUUGUUCAACUCUAGCCCUAGGAUUAAAUGGAAUUUUAGUCGAUAUGUGUAAACUAAUCGUAGGCAGACCAAGGCCAGAUUUUUUUUGGAGAUGUUUUCCGGAUGGAGAAACAAACUUAGAAAUAAAAUGUACUGGCGAUCAUCAAGUUGUGAUGGAAGGCAGGAAAUCAUUUCCAAGUGGACAUUGUUCUUUUGUCUUCACGAGUUGUGGAUUUAUUUCGUUCUACUUAGCUGGGAAAUUUCGGACAUUUACAAUAGCUGGAAAAGGAAAUUCUGUGAAGUUAUGUGCAUUUGUAAUUCCAUUAUUGAUCGCACUUAUCGUAGCUUUGAGUCGAACAUGCGAUUACCACCAUCAUUGGGAAGAUGUGCUAGUUGGUUCUCUCAUAGGAUUGUCGAUGGCCUAUAUGUGUUAUAGGCAUUACUAUCCACCUUUAGACUCCCAAUUUUGUCAUCGACCCUAUUCGAAUAGUGCUAAUUAGUUUUUUACCAAAAUUGAAGUAAUAUAUAAUUUAUUACCUUUUACCUGUAAAUAAAAGCAUUGGUUCACAGUAUAUUACAUGAAAUAGAUCAUGAUUAUGGAAAGACAGAAAUUAUUUUGUGACUGUAAUUCUGUGAGUUAGUGCUUAAAUUAUUAUUAUCAUGAUAGACAGAUAACAAAAACAUUAUUCUAUAUAUCCUUAAUGACUAAUUAAUAUAUUGAAAACACCCUGAUAGAAAACAGACUUUUGUAUAAUAACAAACCUAUAUUAUCUGUAUAGAGUUUACAUAAUAUACGAGAGGCUUAUUUUCAUUCUCAUAUAAACAUGUCAGUAACAUUGUAUUGUACAUAACAAAAAAUGUCACUCAGCGGAAAAAGGCUUUGAUUAAUUUAGUAUAAAUUACCAUUAUUACGGCGUGAAUUUAACGAAAUCAUCAAAAGCGCUGUUUUUAUUCUGAAUUUUUUCCAUUCUCUCAAGAUUGUUAAACAGAAACGCUUAAACUUAUAUAAUAGGGACAUUUAAUAUUGUUUUACAUAUUAAAUUAUAUAUUAUAAAAUUAUUAAACACACCAGUAUACUGUAAAAAAACUUGUUUUACAAUUUAUAUUUAAAAAAGAAAAAUUCGCACACAUUUAAAAUUCCUGUUUCUGUCGCGCCCAUUACGCAAUAUUGAUGUGACGUAGUAUGCCUUCAAAAUCUUGUAAAUAAGCCGGGAAAUUCAGGGUUUUUUUCAUGAAAUAGGAUUGCUGUUAUUGUUAUUUUGUGCCUAAAUGUAAGAAUACCUCUGCAACAAAUCCAGGUAAAUUAUUUAUAUCUAUACCCAAAGAUAAGGAAAGAAAAAAGUGGUACACAAAAUUGUUCAGCGUGUCAUGUGCCCUAGAAAACUUUUAUUUCUACAGUCUAUAAAAAAUCUAUAAAAAAAGUGAGAUUAAGUUAUCCAGAUGCAAUUUUGUUAAUAUUGCCGAGGGGUCAUUCACAUUCGAAUCAAGAGUUUUAGCGUUUGAAAUCUAUAUAAAAUCAAAUGUAACCAGCAAAACGCGCGCGCGUGUGUGUGCAUGUGUGAGCGUGAGUGCAUGUGUGCGUGUAUGUGUGCAUUCUAGCGUGUGAAAUUGGAGGUGAAAAUAAUAAACUCUUGAGCACUACAAUUUUGGCAACUAAUAAAAUUUCGAAUCCAU